GAGCUUCAAAUAUAUGGCCCAAAAACUUUAGGGUUAAAUUCUUAGUGUUGGCAGUUGCAAAUUCAUCCUCGCAGAAAAUAAUCCAAUUAGAUUCGGUAGCGUACUGCGGUCCAACCACCCGCCCGCGAAUCUGCGAUCAACAGAGCCGCGAAUCUCAACCGUUCAAUUUGCUCCCGCGGCUUUUCUUGUUUGGUCGCGGAUGAAGAAGCGUGGCUUGCAAAUUUGUGAUUAAUGUUAUGGAUUUUGAAAGCAAGAAGUUUGGAAGAGGGCCUAAGGAACUUGGUGGUGCUGCUGAUCUCAUAAACCAAUUCAAACUCUGGCCGCACCAUGAUUUCUUUUGCAAGAGAUCACUUCCUUUGUUAAUAUCAGAAACGAACUAUCUUCGAAAUGUAGUUGGAGACACAGAAAUCAGGAAGGGCGAAGGUAUGGAGUUGCACCAGCUUUUCCAAAAUGCCUCUGAUUCGAGACGGAGAAAUCUACACAUAGGUCAUUUUGACUUGGAUUUACUUGGGGAAGCCUUUCAAAUGAAUGAAACUGCUCAGGCUGAGAAGGGGAUCCCCGUAAUCGUGUCUAAGUCAAGAGCUGAGUCCAAAGACAACAAUAGGAAGCAUAGAAAGCAAAAAGACAAAGAUAAAGAGAAAGAUAAAAAUAAGCAUAAGCAUCGUCACAGUGAUAAAAAUAAAAACAAAAUUAGACGUCUUGAUUCUGAUCCUGAGCAUUUAAAGAAACCACAAGACAAGAAAAGGAGGUAUAAUGUGAAUGGUAAUCUUUUUGAUGUUCGCAUACAACAAAAUGGCCAGAACCCUAGAAGGAUUGAGUUGGGCAAGCUAAAGAUGGCCGGUUGAAAACUUGUCUUCUGAACUGAACUUCCUUAGAUAUUGCCUUUUGCUCUUGGAAGCAUGAAUCAACAUUAUGUACUAUGAUCCUCAUCUCAAAUAUGGUAAGAAAAUUGAUAUUGUUGAUGAUGCUGAGGAUAGUUGUCUGUGAUCUAACUGGCUGCAAGGUGAAGCAGCAAAUCUUCAGUAGGAGGCCAAAACCCAAAUGGAAAACCCAAUUUAUGAAGAAUUAGUCAGAUCUUGACUAAUCUUUAUGCUUUUCAUUUUUUGUCGUAUCAAUUCACUUUGAGAUUUUCUUUGGAAUCAAGAAUUUUACUGUAAUUGGUGUGGCACUUGGGACAUUGAGAACCUGUUAUUAUACUUUCAAUGUAACGUCGGGAACCUGUUAUCGUACAUUCAAUGUAAGUUAUGUAGAAUUUCAAUUUCGUUGAAACUGUGUUUGUGUGAUAACUGACAUAUGCAGCAACUCGAAUUGGAUGAAUUACUGAACAAGAAUAUCAAAAGUCAAAAGCUGUUGAUUUCAUGGGCUAUCAAUAAUGUCAAAUUUGUUAUUCUUUU